CCCAGCUACUGGUGGUGGAACUCGGGACAUGUCCUCGUUGUCUCCCAUUUGCUGCAUGUCAGCUGAUGUCAUGGCAAAUGUUUUUGAACAUUGCGUUCACGGAUUGGAUUAUUAUCCUUGCGUUGGCAAGAAUCGGCAAGCCCCGUUGUCUCUAUCCCAGGUUUGUCGCUCGUGGCGGAAGCUUUCCUUUGCGUUGCCUUGCCUUUGGACGAGAUUCCAGGUUAACGUUGACUACCCGUCCAUGAUCAUGUCUGUACGGCUAUGGAUCUCGCGCUCACAGUCUCUUCCAGUAUACUUAUAUCUUUGCUAUGUGGACCGCCAUACCAACCCAAUCCCCUUAUCGGCCCUUGAACUUUUCGAUCAGGAGAUCCUCAAGGCAAGCUCCCGCAUCAAAAAGCUGUCACUGCACUUUCCUGCCCAAUCUAUCCGCCACUUGCAAUCAUUCACUCAAGGUUCCUCAGAAUCCCUUGAGCAUCUCAGCCUUUGGGGUGCCUCUGACUUCGGUGCAAAUGAGCACAAUGUUAUGUCGCCGCUUGUCUGGCAACCUGCACUGGGUCUACGGAGUUUGUGCUUAUCAUGGUACGAUCUGGAUAUGCGCAACUUUCAAAUACCAUAGGCGCAGUUGACCAAGCGUAGUCUCCUAUGUGAUUUUUUCGAUCACUUCAAGCAUGCCCAUGGCGAUUAUCUGCCCAUUCUUGCUCAGUGCCCGAAUCUGAGGACGUGUUCCCUCGCCUUAGGGUGUCCUUGGAUGAUGAUUUUUCUGUUACUAGUGUCACACUCCCCCAUUUGGAUACACUCAAAGUAAACAAUCGAUGCAUGGACGCCUUAUGUUCUGCGGUUCUUCGGCGCCCUUCACCUUCCCAAGUUGCAAUCCUUUACCAUCAUCAACACCAGCCUCGAAAGGAGCCCCUUUGGAACUGGCUACCUCCAGAUGCUCAGCCGAGCGGCAGAGACAGGUUGAGAGUGUGACUUUCUACCUCAUAGACAUCCCAGACGUUAAGCUGUCUGCUUGUCUCUCACAACUCCCAAAUCUGAAAUCCCUGUGGUACACUCCCAGCUCAGGGGGACUGAAUCACAAUCUUGUG